CUCUGUGAGAGAAGGUUGUACUGUGUGAUUUUGUGCCUAAUUUUUCUUCAAAUUUGCUGUUUUUCGUCGGUUUUGUUGGUGUUUGGUGGGUGUGUCAACGAUAGAGCAGAGAUGGAUGAAGAUUGGAACGCAGAUUCACAUAUCCAAAAUCAAAAUGUAUCUCCGGGACUCGAAAAUCUGGAUCUUGAAAACAACACAAACGAGUGCUCGAGAGUAUACAACCGAAUCUCUUUUUCCAACGGUCGUGUGACUGGUGGCGACGCUACGCAAAAUAGUGCAGAAACGAACGGUGAAAGUGGACAAUUGUCAAUUUCGUUUGAAGUGGUUUUGGAAAGUAUUGAUCAAUCGGAAAAAAAUGCUUGGAUAAAUCAACUAGUAAUGGCUGUAAUCAAUAGAUUUGGUGGACGAAUUCCUAGAGGAGGUUGGCGAAUGGUUCAUCGAGUUUUCAACGAUAAAUUCCAAUGUAAUGAAUCUGAACAACAAAUCAAAAAUAUAUAUAAUCGUAUAAAAUCCUCUUUGGGAACAAAUAAUUCGAAUCAAGAUGUGAUGGCGAGUACAAAUAAUCAUGGAAAUAUACCGGAGAUAAAAAAUGUUCAAUUAUACAAGGAAAUCUGUCUAAAACUAAAUUCGAAUGUGAUCAAAUUCAACGAACAAAACGAUGCUAAAGAAAGAACUGCAAAAGUAUAUAGUGAAUCGAUGAACAAUGAAAUCAUUGAUAUGAUCAAUAUAGCAAUCCGUGAAUCAUCUAUUGAUGGCAGGACGAAUUCGCUGAAAGACAUCAAUAAUGUGUUGUAUGCUUGCCAAAAGACAUACGAAGAAGUGACUGCCAAAAAGAAAAACGUGGUGCCUUGGAAAGAGUCGAUUGAAAAGAAAAUUGAACAACUAGAAAUGGACUUGAAUCAUCUUAAACAAUUCGAUCAGAAUAAAUGUCCGUCAAAAGAAGUCAAAAGAAUUUGUAAUAAAUAUCGAAUACAUUCAAAUCGAGCCCAAAGUGUAGAGAUUCUGUGUGAUCAAAUGUUCGAAAAAGUGGCCAGACAUAAAAAACGAUUAUGGAUUUCAGAAAAUAGAAAGCUAUUUAAGAAGAAUAAUCGAAAUUUUGAAUUUAAUCGUAAACGCUUUUAUAGGGAAGUUGAAGGUGAAAAGCUCAAAGUCGAUGAAAGCAUAGACAAAGAGCAGACUGUCGAAUUUUGGCGUGAUUUGUGGUCAGGUGGUGAUGAACCACAGUAUCAAGAGAUGCUAUCCUUUAUUGAACCGAUCUUGUUGAACGUGGAUCAAGAAGAUGAUGAUUUAAACAAAAUUAUUGAAAAUACAAUAAAACACUUGCCUUCGUGGAAAACACCUGGACAUGACUAUGUUUAUAAUUUUUUCAUCAAAAGAAUGACGUCUCUCCAUCCUAAAUUGUAUUUAUUGAUUCGGGAAGCAAUCAAAAAUCCAGAUAUGAUUGAUAUUGAAUUUUAUAAAGGUACAACAUAUCUGAUAGCCAAAAAAGAUAAUGCAAUUUCGCCAAAGGAGUUGAGACCUAUCACAUGUUUACCCAACUUGUACAAAUUAAUAAGUAAGGUCGCGACAACAUUAAUGGGACGAGUUUGUGACCUCAAUGAUGUUUUAUCUGAUAAUCAAAUGGGAACAAAAAAAAGAUGCCAAGGUGCCAAGCAACAGGCCCUUAUUAAUAAGAAUUUAAAUAUGUCCAAUGAAUACAAUCUCAAGACUAGUUGGAUUGAUAUCCAGAAGGCAUAUGAUUCAAUUGAUCACAAUUAUUUGGUAUUUGCUAGAGACGAUCAGAGCCUCAAAGAAAUUUGUUGGUAUGUCAGUGAUUCGUUGGAGAAAUUAGGACUAAAGAUAAAUCAACAGAAAUCGGCGAGUAAUAUCGAAAGUGCCCAGGUGUUCGGUGAUAUGUUGGAUGAUGAAAAGGGGUAUAAAUAUCUCGGUAUCUUGGAAGAUUCUAGAAAUAUGAUCAAAGAAGAGAAUAAACAAAUAAUUAUCAACAAAAUGGUGCAACGAAUCAAGAAAUUGUGUGAAACGAAGCUUAACGGCCGUAAUCUUUUCCACGCUAUAAAUGAAUUUGCCCUCUCAACAGCCAAUUAUUACAUUGGAAUAAUCAAUUUCGAGCCAGAAGAUUACGUUCGUCUGGAUGUAAACAUAAGAAAAAUUCUUAAAGAAUAUUCUGUCAUCAGAAAUUCUUCCAAUAUUGACAGAUUAUAUUUACCAAGGAAUGAACUCGGACGAGGACUUGGUAACAUGGCUGAAAAAUCGGAGCUGAUGCUCUUUAAUCUGAAUGAAUAUCUAUUGAAUAGCAUAAAUUAUAAAGCAAUAAUUGAAUCCGAAAAAGCACAAGCAACUCACCUCGGCACAAUAAAAGAAUUCAUUUGCCGGACAUAUGAUAUACCCGAAGAAUUGCUGUGUUGGGAUAUGAUUAAAAACAAACAGAAACAACGGCGAAUGAAUCGAAUCAAUGAAAAAGCUCUUCAUAAAAUUGUCUUUCAAAAUGAUGAUGGGUAUAUAGACAUUCGACAGUCGUCAUUAUGGCUUAGUAAAGGGAAUGUAUCGCCGCAAGAGGAAGGUAUGAUGUGCAAGCUUCAAGAUCGCAAUUUGUUCUGGAAGAAAAAUAAGUGUCCUCAUUGUAAACGGGCGACAGCGACUGUUGAUCACUUGGCAACACAUUGUGGUGGACUACUAAAUUUUGAUUACAAAAAGCGCCAUAACGAUGUUGUAAGGUGCAUACAUAUGAUGUUCGCCAAAAAAUAUGGGAUUACUAAUCAGAAACGACUUAAGAAUUAUCGGGUUGAAAAUGUGGUAUCUAAUGAGCGUGUAAGGAUUAAGUCGGAUACUCCCAUCUUAACGGAUAACCGAAUUGACCACAACAAGCCUGACUUGUUAGUUCAUGAUCUAAAGACAAAUGAUAUAUGGCUAAUAGAAGUAGGCAUCACCAACAAGAACAUUUUGCCGAAUACUGAAAUAACCAAAUCGAGAAAAUAUGAAAUGUUAUCCAAUGAAUUGAAGACCACCUUCAAAGCAAAUGUACAUAUCAUACCUAUCGUAAUCACCUGGGAUGGUUUGGUCACCAAUUAUCACAAAAAACAUCUAAAGAAGAUAGAAGUUUCAACAAACAUUCAAGCAUUUAUACAAACUCAAGUCUUGAAAAGGACUUGGGAGAGUAUAAGAGUUGAUCUACGUGAAGAUAUAUUGGACGUCGAAUACGGCCAGAUGGAGGUGUGAUCCUGGCGACGUGGUUAGAAGCUUUGUUUUGUUUAAUUGACCACUUAUUUUGUAAUUUUGUAAUUAUGAUUGCUAUAUGCCUAUUUUGUUUC